AUGCCUGUGCCUGUCCCCGAGUCCGAGCCUGGGCCUGAGCUUGAGGCUGAGCCUAUCCAAGACAACUUCUUCAGUAGGCUGGCUCGCAUCUCAAGCCUUAUUAACGAGUGUGACGAGCAGAUCAAAGGACUCAGGCGCUGGAUCGAGAUGUGGGAUGACUUGCUGGAUCCAACAGCAGACCCGAAUUCAUUCGAUCGACAGGAAUCGCUGACAGCACUCGAAGACCUGCGAUCUCGCCUACGCAUUCAAUUAAGGAUCAAGUCGGACCUCCUGGCUACUAUGGAAGAUCUCUUGCUUGAGAAUAACCACCAAGACUAG